GAAAAAAAAAAAAAAUUUUUUUUUAAAAAAAAAAUCGUAAAUUUCGAAGCCUGCCGCGACCGUCUCUGUCUCUUGCAAUCAUGACUUUUGUUUUGAGCUUGGAAUCCAUCGAACCGCAGACGCACUUCAAAUCUGGGCAGCACUCUCCUCAAUCAUUCUCUCUGUAAUAUUAGUUUUUACCAUUUCAGCAAGGAAGAAGAAGCGAGAAAGAAAUGGCUUCGAGUACUUAUAGAAAUGGCACUCCAAAGGGAGCAUCAAAACCAAUUGCUUCAAAUCUCAAAUCAUCCUCUUUUAAAUCCAGAAUCCAUCCGUCACACUCAUCGGGAGCCGUCCUUCGACGCAAUUCCUUCAGUCCGAACGCCAACGCUGUGGGAGAUGAUGGAGUACCUGGAAGAGUACGAGUGGCAGUAAGAUUGCGGCCGCGAAAUGCGGAAGAAUUGGUGGCAGAUGCUGAUUUUGCUGAUUGUGUGGAAUUGCAGCCAGAGCUUAAGAGGUUGAAACUAAGAAAAAACAAUUGGGACUCAGACACUUAUGAGUUUGACGAGGUGCUUACUGAAUUUGCAUCGCAGAAGCGUGUUUAUGAAGUUGUUGCUAAGCCUGUUGUAGAGAGUGUUCUGGAUGGUUACAACGGCACUGUGAUGGCAUAUGGUCAGACUGGUACUGGCAAAACUUUUACUGUGGGGCACCUUGGAGAUGAUGAUACAUCAGCUCGCGGGAUCAUGGUUCGUGCAAUGGAGGACAUUUUAGCUGAUGUUUCUCUGGAGUCUGAUUCUAUCUCAGUCUCAUAUUUGCAGCUUUAUAUGGAGAGCAUCCAGGACCUUCUUGAUCCAGCUAAUGAUAAUAUUGCCAUUGUGGAGGAUCCAAAAACUGGUGAUGUUUCCCUACCUGGAGCAACUCUUGUAGAAAUCAGGGACCGGCAUAGUUUUGUGGAGCUGCUGAGAUUAGGAGAAGCUCAUAGAAUUGCUGCUAAUACAAAAUUGAAUACUGAAUCUUCUCGUAGCCAUGCAAUUCUAAUGGUUCACGUUAGAAGGUCGGUUGGAGGAGGAGAAGAUACUUUCUCAAGUGAAAUUGAUAGUUCCUCUCACUUGGUCAAACCUGUGAAGCCACUUGUUCGGAAGAGCAAGCUGGUUCUCGUAGAUCUGGCAGGUUCAGAACGUGUUCACAAGUCAGGAAGUGAGGGGCAUAUGCUAGAAGAAGCUAAGUCUAUCAAUCUCUCACUUAGUGCAUUAGGGAAGUGCAUAAAUGCACUGGCAGAGAAUAGUGCUCAUGUGCCGGUUCGUGAUUCAAAGCUUACUAGGUUGCUCAAAGAUUCAUUUGGAGGCACAGCAAGAACUUCAUUAAUUAUAACUAUUGGCCCGUCACCUCGCCACCGAGGAGAGACUACAAGCACUAUAUUGUUUGGGCAAAGGGCUAUGAAGGUCGAGAACAUGUUGAAAAUAAAGGAAGAGUUUGAUUACAAAAGUUUAUCUAGAAAGCUUGAAAUACAAGUGGACAAGCUCAUUGCAGAGAAUGAAAGGCAGCAAAAAGCUUUUGAUGACGAAGUUGAAAGAAUAAAUCAAGAAGCAGAAAAUCAUAUUGCUGAGGUUGAAAGGAGCUUUGCAGAAGCCUUGGAGAAGGAAAGGCUGAAGUGCCAGAUGGAAUAUGUGGAAUCGGUGAAGAAGCUGGAGGAAAAGAUGGUGACCAAUCAGAAAAAGCAUGAUCAUUAUGACUUCAUCAAGGAUAAAUGUAAUGGAGAGGUGCCAGGUACUACUUCUGAGGAAGUUGAUGAGAUAAAAAAGUUGCUUCAAAAUGAAACCCAGCUAAGAAAAACAGCUGAAGAGGAGGUCAACAAGCUUAAGAGUCAGUUAGAGAAUUUUAUGCUGUCUAUGGCUGGUGGAGAUACUGAGAUUGUAAAGCUUCACAGAAUUCUGGAGGAUGAGGCUCAUAAUAAAAAGAAAUUGGAAGAAGAAAUUUUGAUUCUACAAAGUCAGUUAUUGCAAUUGACUCUGGAAGCUGAACAGACAAGACGACAUCUUGUCAGAGGUGGAUAUGGAAAUGGUUUUGCUGGUUCAGAUUCUUUUGUAUCUCAAAUUAGGCACUCUCAGUUUAAAGACGCCGGGAAUGGACAAAAGGCACCAAUGGCCACACUUUUUGAACAAGUUGGAUUGCAAAAGAUUUUGACAUUGCUUGAGUCAGAAGAUGCCAAUACACGAAUCCAUGCGGUAAAAGUGGUGGCUAACCUUGCUGCUGAAGAAGCAAACCAGGAAAAGAUUGUUGAAGCUGGUGGUCUUACUUCCUUACUGAUGCUGCUUGGAAGAUUUGAGGAUGAAACUGUUCGCCGUGUUGCAGCAGGUGCAAUUGCCAAUCUUGCAAUGAAUGAAGCUAAUCAAGAGCUUAUUAUGACUCAAGGGGGGAUCAGUUUAUUAUCUAUGACAGCAGGUGAUGCUGAGGAUCCUCAAACUCUUCGCAUGGUGGCUGGAGCUAUUGCAAAUCUGUGUGGAAAUGAUAAGCUACAAAUGAAGCUGAGAUCUGAUGGUGGAAUAAAGGCCUUGCUGGGAAUGGUGAGAUGCGGACAUCCUGAUGUUCUCUCUCAAGUGGCACGUGGGUUUGCAAACUUUGCAAAAUGUGAGUCACGAACAUCCAUGCAAGGAAUGAAAGGUGGCAGAUCCCUCCUCAUAGAAGAUGGUGCACUUCCAUGGAUUGUACAGAAUGCUAAUAACGAAGCUGCACCAAUCAGACGCCACAGUGAGCUUGCCCUGUGCCACUUGGCACAGCAUGAAGUAAAUGCAAAGGACAUGGUUAGCGGAGGUGCACUGUGGGAGCUAGUUCGCAUCUCACGGGACUGUUCUCGAGAUGACAUAAGAAGUCUUGCUCGCCGAACAUUGAAUUCAAGCCCCACCUUCAGAUCUGAAAUGCGACGAUUACGGAUAGAGUGUUGACUAUAGGAUUAAUUUCUGGCAUCGAGAUGCUAAGGAAUCUUGCUUCACGAUUCUGCAAAGCUUCAUAAAAAAAACCAUACUAACAUCAUGCUGAAUGAAAAGCACAUUGUUUAAGAUGUAAUCCUGUCAGCAAUUUUUGUGCGAAGAGGCAAGGUGUGAUUUUCUAAUCUGUUAUAUCCGGUUUCUAUGUCGAGCUAUCAAAUUAAUAUUCAUUUCUGGACGACAAAAGAAAAGGCAGAUGGUUUUGUAACUGGAGGAGCUAGGCGGAAUUCUUUGCACGUCUUAGCUUAGAUGGGAAUCAGCUGAAUUUCAGGCUUCAGUCAGCAGCUUUGUAUAUUGAUCCGUAAUAGUAACAUCUUAAUUUUAUUCAUCAAAUUUAAUAAAACCAACCCAGACAUUGAAUGGAA